AUGACGAUAGCAUUAAAUCAAGGUUUGCUUGACAGCAUACAGGGUAUAUCAUUCAGAGAGAAAUAUUCUCUUGAUUUUCUUGAUCUUCAUGACUUUGACAAAUGCUUCCGCUUUAUCAGGAAUCUCUUUGUGCUCUAUGUUAGCGGUCUACCAACAGAAGACAAUUUAAUUCAAGAGCAGUUCAUUGAUUUGGUCAAUGAUGGAGGUGCAAAAUGUUUUUUCCGUGAAAUGUGUUGUUCUGACUUUUGGAUUGAAAUGGCACAGACAUAUCCUGAUGUCGCAAAGAUGGCUCUUAAAGUAUUGAUGCCAUUUCUAACCACAUAUGAGUGUGAGACCGCGUUUUCCACUUUCCUUGCCAUCAAAACGAAGUCACGAAAUCAACUGAAUGUCACUAGAAAUGAGAGUUGCCCUCUCCAAAACAGAGUCGAACAUAAUACAGCUGGUUACUUUGCUGUAAAUAAAAUGACAGAUGGUCUGUUUUUGUGA